UAGCCGCCUUUCCUCUCACAAAUAGUAGCGCUGUAUGUCCAUGAACAAGAACUAAGAACCAAAUUCCUUUAGCCGAGCUGUGACUAUCUGAUAUGAGAGAAUUACUUCAUCACCAAGUUUACUGUUUCAGAUGACUAUAGGAAAUCCAUGAAGUCGACCAACGCAGUGUAAAAUAAGGAAACAAGAAGAGGAAGAUUUAGCCUAGACUACUUCUGGACUAGUUUGCAAGCUCUUCAAUCGGAAUAUAUAACAACCGUUUGAAGUUGUUACAUCUUGAGAACAGCAACAAUUUACCAUUGCAAGCAGCAGUCCACGACUUGGUUGAAGUUGCGCACGUCUCGUGGUAGCGCGCACCACCAUCGUGAUCAUUUCCUCGCGGUUACUUCACCUAAACUACCACGACGGCAAGGCCAACCAUGGUGAACAGCCGGGUGGAGGCAUCAGCCGUGGCGGUGACAGGGGGCGGCGGUGGCUCGGCAGGCAGGUCAUGCGCGGGCUGUGGUGGGCGCAUCGCCGACCGCUUCCUGCUCUUCUCCAUGGAGCGCUACUGGCACACGCGCUGCCUCAAGUGCUCCUGCUGCCACGCCCAGCUGGGCGAGAUUGGCACCACCUGCUACAGCAAAGGGGGCAUGAUCCUCUGCAAGAACGACUACAUCAGGCUGUUCGGGCACAGCGGGGCAUGCAGCGCUUGUGGCCAGUCCAUCCCUGCCAGUGAGAUGGUAAUGCGGGCACAGGGCAAUGUGUACCAUCUCAAGUGUUUCACCUGUGCCACCUGUAGAAACCGGCUGGUGCCGGGCGACCGCUUCCACUAUGUCAAUGGCACCAUCUUCUGUGAGCACGACCGACCAGGGGGCGCCCUGCUCAGCAGUCACCUGACCUCGCUGCAGGGGAACGGCAUGAUGCCCGACCAGAAGGUCUGCUGAAGAAGAAUGGGUGACAAAGCAACGUGUGCCUUCUCCUCCCCCGCCUCCUCCUCCUGCUCUUCUUCCUUUUCCACCCAUAAGUUUGUCCUGCACCAUCCAUCCCAUCCUUCAGAUAUUCCCAUAUCCGUACUCCGGAUACUGCUGCCAGUGUCCCAUUAGCUUUCCCAGUAACACGGCAUUUUCCCCAAAAUAAUGUUUAUUCUGGUCAUAGAGAAUAAUGUUCUCAACCUUGACAUAAUUGAAGUCUCCUGCUUCAAGGGAACGAUGUGGAGGAGGGAAAGACUGUUGAUGAUGGAAGAGGAUGAUUUAUACUGUCAAACCAGUGUCUGUUUUCGGUAAGUCCAUUGGUGACUGACUUGCAUAAGACUGACUUGUAGUAAUGCCCUGAGAGGACUAUGGCAUUUCCAGUGAUGGACCAUCCUUGAUGUAGCACCUUUCCCUAGCCAGCACAAAACUACAGGGAGAGGGAGAUGCCACAGACCAAUAAAUAUAUACUGGUUCUCAUCCGGAGCUGUUUCAACCAAGCUACAGUUUAAUGACUCCCGAAACAAGGAGAGUGUGUUCAAAACAAGAUCGCCACAUGAAUACACAGACACACACUCUCUGAGCUCAGACUCUAGGCCCUUUCAUGUGUCGGAUUGGAGGAAACAGGAAAUACUUUGGUUGUAGUGCUAUGCGACCGUAGCUUUUGCCCCCUGGACGUUCCUGAACUCUCAUUCCUGAACUCUCAUUGGCUCACUCGAACUGUCGAGUUAGGCCGAACGAGGAAUGAUCAAAUACACCUGCCUGGAUGUCUCGUCUACUUUCAAAAAUAUACUCUCUGUGUACUAAAUGAAGAAUGCCUGUAGAAUAUUCAUCAAAACAUACCUUUUAGUCCCAUGAUUAUUUUGUACUGCAAGUGGUUGCCUUGUGUUUCUCAAUUGUCUUCGAUAUUUAGUUAUGUUUUCAGGUGAAGAUGGUUCCUGGGGUUAGUAAAUGUACUCCUGUUUAUGGGAACAUACAAAUAUGCAUUUGUAAUUGUUGUUUAAAAAAUUUGGCCGGUGAGAAUUGUUAUUCCAACAUGACUUUGCAGCAGUGCUCUAUACGUCUUAAUGUAUUGUUGUUAUGUGGUGGUGGAAGAGGACAAGGUCAAAGUUGAACUGGUCCACAUAUAACCAGGGUCGUGUUGAGUAGGGCUCACUGUAGAUAGAAAACAGAAAUAAGUGUUUGUUAUUGGAGAGGCCAUGUAGUCCCUCGCUGUUUCAGGCCGUUUUUUCAGUUUGGUACCUAAUGAACACGACCCAGGUUGAGGGAAGAGGAGAGCGGCAUUGGGAUGGAGAGAAGUAAUAACUGUACAUACCUGUUCUAGUGCUAUUAUUGUAUUGUGGUCUAUGGUUGAAUUGCGUCUUUGUGUGGCCUAAAACAUCUAUAUGGAGAAAAAAAGUACUUUCUAAAUAACUAUAAUAAUCAUAAUAUUGCCAGUCA